GUCCAUGUGAAGGAGGGCUGUUGAUCGGAGAGCUGUUGGGACGGCGUAGGUGGUUUGUGUGCUCCUCGGUCGGAACCAUAGGGAUCUUUGUAUCAACUAGUAAUAGUAGUGUUCCCCAAGACCGCCCAGAACAGCUUUGAGCUUUAGAUUUGAUCCGGUGUCUAUCGCUGCUUUUCACCGCCUCUCCCCUCCAUCAUCCGGCCAGGGAAAAGUCAUGCCUUUCGGAAACACGCACAAUCAGAUGAAGCUGAAAUACUCCUCUGAGCAGGAGUACCCGGACCUCAGUAAACACAACAAUCACAUGGCCAAGGUCCUGACUCCUGCCAUCUACGAGCGACUGAGGAGCAAAGAGACACCCAGUGGAUUUACUCUGGAUGAUGUCAUGCAGACUGGGGUUGAUAACCCAGGCCACCCAUUUAUUAUGACUGUGGGCUGUGUUGCUGGAGAUGAGGAGACAUAUGAGGUUUUCAAAGAGCUACUGGACCCUGUGAUUGAGGCCAGACAUGGAGGAUACAAACCCCAGGACAAGCACAAGACUGAUCUCAAAUCGGAAAACCUAAAGGGUGGCGACGACCUGGAUCCCAAUUAUGUUCUGAGCUCUCGAGUCAGAACAGGACGCAGCAUACGUGGCUUCUGUCUGCCACCACACUGCAGCCGUGGAGAAAGGCGGGCUGUGGAGAAGCUCUCUGUUGAAGCUCUAGACUCUUUGAGUGGAGACCUGAAGGGAAAAUACUACGCACUGAAGAACAUGACAGAGGCAGAACAGCAGCAGCUUAUUGAUGACCACUUCCUGUUUGAUAAGCCAGUGUCUCCUCUACUGCUUGCUUCAGGAAUGGCCCGUGACUGGCCAGAUGCUAGAGGAAUCUGGCACAACAACAACAAGACAUUCCUAGUAUGGGUGAAUGAGGAGGACCACCUGCGUGUGAUUUCUAUGCAGAAAGGUGGAAACAUGAGAGAAGUGUUCUCUCGCUUCUGCACAGGUCUCACCAAGAUCGAGACCCUCUUCAAGGAGAGGGGCCAUGCCUUCAUGUGGAAUGAGCACCUGGGUUACAUUCUGACCUGCCCCUCUAAUCUGGGCACUGGGCUGCGUGCAGGAGUGCAUGUAAAACUGCCAAAUAUGAGCAAACAUGCCAAGUUUGAGGAGGUGCUGAAAAAACUGAGGCUCCAGAAACGUGGAACUGGCGGCGUGGACACCGCUGCCGUUGGCGGAGUGUUUGACAUCUCCAAUGCUGACAGACUGGGCUUCUCUGAGGUGGAGCUGGUACAGAUGGUGGUUGAUGGGGUUAAACUGCUGGUGGAUAUGGAGAAGAGGCUGGAGAAGGGCCAGUCCAUUGAUGACCUGAUGCCUGCCCAGAAGUAAAGCCAUCGUUAAACCCAGUACUCUCUUUGCUCCCCAUUUCCUCCUUACUUUCCCAUUCCAACCCCCACUACCUUCCCUCAAAACCCUACCCUGUGAUUGAUUGACUGUACUUCAUAUUUCAGUGUGAACUUCUGUAUUUAAGAUCUGAAAUGCAAUAAAAAAAAGGUCUGGUUCAAGUUGAAA